ACUGGUCCGAGAAGCAGGAAAGUAUCAUUUGGUCUUCGUUAGUUUGUCAAGCCUCUUAGAAUUGCAUUUGUUUACAUUUGCUGUUUUUCUGUGAUUCAAAGCCAUUUCUAUUAUAUUUAUUCAAUAGUUUAAGUAGCAGCUAUGUAGGAUAAAGUUGCUUAAAUCAACCAGUUAGCCUAAUGAAUGCCUUUCAGUCAGUUACAGUUGUCAGAAGUUGGCUAGUUUCAUGCUAGCUAGUACGUAGCUAACGUCAGUGGAGUGAGAAUAGGCUGCUAUUUAUUGUGAGCGUCCGAUAGCCGAUAGCCUGCGGUAGACAGUGUCCAGCUCCUUAAACGUUACGCCUGUAAAGCAGCCGAAACGUGCGGAGGGUACCUUAUAUUGAACGCCGGGAGCUAUUUUAAAUAACCAACAAUGGAUCCAUUCGACAGCAACAGUACAGAUCGUGCUAACCUGCCAAGGAACAUGAUUGAGAACAGCAUGUUUGAAGAGGAGCCUGACGUUGUUGACUUAGCCAAAGAUUCAACAGCCUUUCCGACGUUUCCAGCUCUUGACCCAGAUGAGGUGGUGUAUGAGCCUCGGAGCUCACGGCUGCUGGUGCGGGGCCUCGGAGAGAAUGAGAUGGAUGAGGAUGAGGAGGAUUGCGAGUCUUCGGCCCGUCUCCUUGGCAUGUCCUUCAUGAAUCGCAGCUCAGCUCACAGAUCUACUUCCUCUCCUUAUACCAGACAAUCCCCACCCAGGUCAUGUUCACGACCCUCAGCACGUACAUUGGUUGUGUGUGUGCUGUUCCUGGUGAUAGUGGUGUCUAUGACCAUGGUACUGUACUUUUUACCCGAAUGCACCUUCACCAAGUCAGGUUGCCGUAAACAGACCACUCCUGCUGAGCCAGUCUAUCCUAUUUCCACCAACGGUGAAAUGUUUCCUUGGGCACAGCUACGGCUGCCUCAAAGCAUACAACCUCUCAGCUAUGAGCUCACCUUGAACCCUGACCUCGACAAAAUGACGUUCACCGGUACCACUGUCAUCACUAUGACUGUGCGCCAUGACACCAAGCGUAUUGUCCUGCACAGUGCUAAUCUAAACAUUACCAAAGCUACCUUUAAGCUGGGUGAUGGGAAGGCCACUGAUGUGACUGUACUUGAGUACAAACCACGACAACAAAUAGCAGUUAAGUUCUCAGAGGAGCUGAAGGCAGGCCAGCAGUGUGUUUUGACCCUCAAUUACUCUGCCAAUCUCUCUCACACCUAUGAUGGUUUCUACAAUAGUUCAUACAGUGACAAAGAUGGAAACAAAAGGGUCCUUGCUGCUACCCAGUUUGAGCCUCUAUCAGCGAGGAAGGCCUUCCCCUGUUUUGAUGAACCGUCUUUCAAAGCAACUUUUCAGAUUAAAAUCAGCAGAAAACCUGACUAUAUGACUCUGUCUAACAUGCCUAAGGCUAAAACCACAUCACUUCCCAGCGGUCUCCAAUUAGAUGAAUUUGAAAAGACCAGUGUGAAAAUGAGCACCUACCUAGUGGCAUUUGUUGUUGCUAACUUUACUCCAAUCAGCAAAAAUGUCUCUGAAACUCUGGUUUCUGUUUAUUCUGUGCCGGAGAAGAAGGAGCACACUGAGUAUGCUCUGGACACAGCUUGUAAACUACUGGAGUUCUACAAUAGCUUCUUUGAGAUUGUCUACCCUUUAAAAAAACUAGACUUGGUUGCCAUCCCAGACUUCCUGGCAGGAGCGAUGGAGAACUGGGGUUUGAUCACCUUCAGAGAAACCAGCCUGCUGGUGGGAAAACAGUCUUCUCUUUUGGAAAAACAAGUUGUCGCCUCAGUCAUAGCCCAUGAGCUCGCCCACCAGUGGUUUGGAAAUCUGGUGACCAUGAGCUGGUGGAAUGACCUGUGGCUUAAUGAAGGCUUUGCCACUUACAUGCAAUACAUGUCACUACAGACAGUUUUGCCUAAACUGGACAUUGGUAAUUUGUUCCUGGAUGUUAGAUUCAGAGCUUUGGAGAAAGAUGCACUAAACUCUUCUCAUGCUGUGUCGACUGAAGUGAAUACACCAGAACAGGUGGAAGAGAUGUUUGACUCUGUCUCCUAUGAGAAGGGUGCAUCUAUUCUCUUGAUGCUGAACGCCUCCCUCCCAGGGGAUCAGCAGUUCAGAAAAGGGAUCAUACAGUACCUAAAUCAGUUCAGUGGACUCAACACUGACACUGACAACCUCUGGAACAGCCUUACACAGGUUGAUGUCUCUACUCAGCACCAAAAUGUGUCCGAGAUGAUGAGCUCAUGGACUUCACAGAAAGGCUUCCCAUUGGUCACUGUAGACCGCAAAGGGGAUCAAGUUACCCUCACACAGGAACACUUCCUGCUCACUUCUGACAACGCCACGCAUACUUCCAGCUUGUGGCAUAUCCCUGUAACUUACAUCAAUGACACAUGUAGUCUGGCCCCUGACUGCAAACAAGUGUUCACUCUGAAGACCAAGUCAGAGACGCUUAAGGUGCCACAAAGUAUAAAAUGGUUGAAGCUGAAUCACGGGAAUACAGGCUUUUACAUUGUUCACUACGGAGAUGAUGGUUGGGCUGCUCUUAUAGAUGCUUUGAUCAACAAUGUCAAUGUUCUUACGCCUGAGGAUCGAGCCUCCCUGAUACACAACAUGUUUGCUCUUUCCAGACUGGGACGUGUGUCCUUCAGGCAGGUCCUCAGUCUGUUAAACUACAUGACCAAUGAAACUGAGACUCCUCCUGUCACCGAGGCCUUGUUACAGCUCAACAAUAUUUACAGACUGCUUGACAAAAGACAGGAGACAGAUUUUGUGUCUCGUAUGAAGGUUCGUAUUCUCUCUUAUUUUGGUUCUCUAAUGAGAAACCAAACAUGGGACGAGGAGAUAAGUGUAUCGAAACAGGAGCUACGCUCGGCCCUGUUGGAGACAGCCUGCAAUCUGAAUGUAGACAGCUGCAUACGGCAAGCCAAAGCCCUGUUCAAAAAAUAUGUUGAAUCCAAUGGGACUGCACACAUCCCAGGAGAUUUGCAGCGAGUUGUUUUCACCGUAGCUGCUCAGUCAGAGGAAAGCUGGUCUACUUUGCUGGAAAAGUACUCAAAAGUCAGCUAUGAUGCAGAAAAGAGAAAAAUGCUGCAGGGCCUGGCAUCCACUCAGGACACACGGCGUAUAGCGUGGAUCUUGAAGGAGGGUCUGCAGGGGAACAUCAUCCAGACACAGGAGUUGCCCUUGGUCAUCAACACUGUGUCUAGCAGCUUUUCUGGCUAUUUGUUUGCCUGGGAUUUUAUCCAAGAGAAUUGGAACCAACUCAUAGAAAAGUUUCCUGUGGGUUCCUUUUCCAUUCAGAAAAUCAUCAAGUCCACCACCUCUCAGUUCUCCACACAGGCACACCUCAAUCAAGUGCAGGGUUUCUUCUCCAGUCUGAAGGAGCGUGGCUCUCAGAUGAGGAGUGUGCAGGAGGCUUUGGAAACCAUCAGACUGAACCAGCGCUGGAUGGACAGGAACCUUCCUUCAUUCAAUGAAUGGCUCUAGUACAGGCACUCCAUCCAGCCCCGCCCUGCUACCUGGGGCAUGUUGUCAAGACAACAGCAGUGUUUGCACUAUUGAGGGACUAUGUCUCUGAAACCCUUUACCCAGGUCAGGGUGCUACCCACAGCCACAGUUAGAACUCUACCGGGGUGAACGAGGGGUUGAUUUUCUGAGAUUAGUCCUAGGAGUUGUAGUUUUUAGCUCAGGGUGGCUCUUGAUUGUGUGUCUGACAGGGUGUCGUCAGACUCAAACUCUCACUCCUCACACUUUAUGCUGUUGACCAAACUUCUCCUCUGUUUCUUUCAUCCAAACCUCAUGUCUGAGCAGACAAUCAUGCUUUUGGAAGGCAGUGCUUUACCCACAACCUUUUAGCUCAGCCUGCUCCCAUGCACUAAAUGAAGGAGCUGUAAAUGGCCACUUCAAAAGAGAGUAAAGAAUGUCAGCAUUACAGUACACUUACAGCAUUUAUUUUAUAGUACAUAUACAGCACUGUACUGUAUUUCAUGACAGUACAUGUACUGUUUCUUUUUUCAUCUUCUGAUCUGUGGGAUGGAGUUGCUGUUACACGUACUCAGCGAUGAGAAGAUGAAAAUGAAUGGUACUUGAGUUACCAAAUUACUAAGAGAAAGUAUUCAAGCUUUACAGUGCCAUGCAGAAGCUGCUUUAAAAAUAGCUGCCAGUCUUUGUUUUACUUACUAAUGCAACCUGAAGCAUUUAUUACCUUAGUAAUGGUUUGGCUAAGGGGACUUGAAUUUGUUGACAAAUUGUUGGCUUGAUAUACCAAAUUUGUGUUGGCAUCAGCUGAAUGUACUAAAACCUUCCCACUGUGUACGCUAGGUGGUGUGCUGUACAGUUGUGCAGGUUUAACAGCCAAUGUGUCUUAGAUAAGAGUAGACAGUGCACACAAGAGCCAAAUCAGUCUUUGGUUCUUCCUUCCUUUAGUUCUCUCUGGUUUUCUUCUUUCUUUCUAGCCAUGUUUCAGCUGAAUUUAGCUCUUCCUAAAGUUUUAUUUUGAGCGCUCCUUGCCUGCCAUGCAGUCGCUGUACAGACCCAUUAUUUGAUCCAAUUAGUUUGUAAACUUGUAAUUAUAAUGUAAAUAUGCUCCACCCCAUGACCCUUAACCCUGCUAUUGGAUGUACUGUUUUAAACAUCUUGACUUUUAACAUAUUAAGCUUUCUGUUGUGUGUGUAUAUAGGGUGUAAAGAAAAAAUGUAUACAUAGAAUUGAUCAAGCCUCUUGGUCAAAUACUUUUUACUGUUUUGGUUCAGAAAACCACAGGGAGGCCAUUUUGCUGAUAAAUGUUUGUGUUUUAAGGGCUACUGUGCACAUGAUGGUAUGGACAAGUUCAGAUUGGGCAUGACUAGCAUGUCCUGGAACCAAAUGAGAACGCUCCUAUGAAUAGAAUACAGAUGCCCGGCUAUUAUUUACUUUUUUUUUUUUUUUUUAAUUUUAACUCCAUUUGUAAACUACUUCAGCUAAUUGUUUUUGCCAUCCCAUUGAUGUUCAUGAGACUUUAAGGCCCCUUUGACUUAUUUAGAUUUAAUAAAUAGAAUAACAAUCAAAUAACCACUUAAGGUUACAUUCACCCUCCUCCUCCUUAAAGAUUUGAGUUUAAUCCCCAAUUCGGAAACAGCAGACUCUGUGCGCAGAUGAGAACCUGAUGAAGGAUCAUGAGUUUGCUGCUGCUGUUGUGACUCCUUUAGUUUUGUUUUAGAAGUUUCAAUAUGGGUAGAUGCAUAUGGCGCCCAGGUAACUCCUGUGAUUUGCAGGUGAUAGGACACAAAAUAAAACCUGUGUGCACUGAAGGAGGUAUGUGGAUGUCAUCACAUGCCCCUUCUGCUUUAAUAUAUGGGUGAGCUGUGUGAAACAUCACAAAGAUUUGAAUUGUCAGAAAAGCAUGUAUGGAUAUGCAUUUAAGUAUGGGAAAUUCUGAUGUGUUGUCUGAAUUUUACCUGUCUACCAAGGACAAGUUUCCAUUUGCCUGAAGUCCAAUUUAUGAGCUUAACUGAUGCUAUUAACAUUGUUUUGAUCAUAUUUAGGCCCAAGUUUACUAAGUUACAAUAAGCUUUGAGACACAUGUUACCGAUGUCAUUGUUACUGAUCAGUUUCAAAGCUGUUUUAAGUGAUGAACUGACCUGAUGAAAGGAUUGUAGUGGAGAACCAUAUGAGCAUUAAACCCACUCAGAUUGUCCUUGUUUUUGCGCCGGGAGUAAAUGCUGCAGAUGCUUUUGAAACUGUUGCUCUUAAUGUGAAAAGAAUUUAAAUAAAGUUGUUUUUUUUU